AUGAGUAUUCCAUUUGGUGCCUCGACUCCUGCUUCAGGGUUCCAAUUCCUAAACGGUCAGAAGCCUUCUCAUCAUUCUGGUGGUAAUAACAGUCAUAAUAAGAACAAUGGUGUCUUCAAGAUAGGUGACAAGAAGAGUAGUGGUGGAUUCAGAAAUUCCCAGAAACCCACGAAGAAGUUUUUGCCAACUAACAGACCAAAGCAUUCGGAUAAGGGUAGACAGGCUAAUCGGGAGGAUGGUAAUCGUAAACCCAUGCUAGGCCGCAUAAAUGCUGUCGAUAACUCUAAGAUCGGUUCACUUUUAAGAAAUCCUCAAGAGGCAGGGUUCCGUAAAGUAUCCCAUAGACCACGCCAAGUACCGAGGUUUUUAAUAAAUCAACAACCUCACCUAAAACCCAAAAAGUUUGUUCAAGAUCCCUGGGAUGCCGCUAAUCAGCAAAAAAUGUUACAAUUGGAAUCUUCCAUUGAAGAUUUCUCUGAAAUGUAUGAGACUUUGAAAAAAAUGAGAGAUGUUGAGAGAAAAAUGAUGGAAAAUAAACACUUGGUAGAUAAGGCAGACUCAGCAAAAGAUCUUACUGAAGCUAUUGACUUCCAGGGGACUUGUCAAGAUAUGUGUCCAAUCUUUGAGAGAGCACGUAGAAAUGUGGAAUUUACAGUGUAUUCGUAUGAAAAAAAUAACCCUGAAGAUAAAAAAGCCGCCAGAUUUAAGGCGCUCAAGGUUUUUGCACGUCCAGCGGCAGCAGCAGCUCCACCGUUACCUUCUGAUGUUAGACCACCUCAUAUUCUGGUAAAAUCCCUGGAUUAUAUCAUAGAAAAUCUACUAACAACACUGCCAGAUAGUGAAGGAUUUAUUUGGGACAGAAUGAGAUCCAUACGACAAGACUUCACUUAUCAAAACUAUUGUGGACCAGAAGCUAUCGACUGUAACGAGCGAAUUGUUAGAAUUCAUUUGUUAAUUGUCCAUGUCAUGGCUAAAAGCAAUAUGGAGUACUCUUUACAACAAGAGUUGGAACAGUUACACAAAUCUCUAAUUACCUUAUCAGAAAUUUAUGACGAAGUCAGAUCAAGUGGUGGAAGUUGCCCCAAUGAAGCAGAAUUCAGAGCUUAUGCGUUGCUAAGUAAGAUUAGAGACCCGGAAUACGACAAGAAUUUGGAAAAGCUACCGCCCGAGAUUUUCCAAAAUGAUCUUGUACAACAAGCGGUAUGCUUUAGGAGAAUAGUUUCCAAUUCAAAUUAUGUGGAAAGAGGUGUUCUUAAAACUGAGAACUGUUUAAAUUUUUACCAAAGAUUCUUCCAGCUAAUAAAGACAGGACGGGUACCAUUUUUAAUGUGCUCAUUUUUAGAGCUCUACGUGAAUGAAGUCAGGUUCUAUGCGUUCAAAGCACUUUCGUAUUCGGUCAAUAAGAAACAUAAACCAAUUCCAACAGAAUAUUUUAUGGAUAAUUUAGCAUUUAAUAGUGAAGAGGAAUUGAUGGAAUUUUGCAAAUAUUACUCGAUAGAAGUAACACCAGAUGGAAUUGAAUUGAAAACUUUGGUCCAUAAUUCUCACAGAAUAUCUGAAAAGCAACCUAUGAAGCAAGCAUACUUGAAAUAUGUCGACAAUAUGUUACAAGGUUCCACUUUUAGUUUUAUUAUCAACUCCGGAAAACCCAAUAUCGAUACAAUUCCAGAAGAGCAUAUAAAAGUGCCUUCUAUUGAGGAAGCCACCGAACCUGAUGAAAUAGAUCAAGAAGUUGAUCAGGAAGGCGAGGAAGGAGGAGAAUUAGAACCGCCGGAAAUCGAAGACGAAAAGGUGAGGAUUCAGCGUGAUACGCUGAGAAAGGACAACGAACCAUCACGAGGACCAAGUUUACCAAGUUUACCAACAACUUCAUUUGAACAGAAAAUCGUAGAAUCAACUAAUACUCCCAAUAAUAACAAGUUCCCCAUCAUUGCCCCCAAAGGGGAAACAUCUGUUGCGUCUGUUGAUUCAUUUGGCACUAAACAAAUAAGAGCUCAGUCACAGCAACCUCUAUUUGGUGCACAACAACCAACAUGGCCUUCAACCCAGCCAAAACAAGUGAAUCAGGUAUUUAAUAUUCCAGAAGUUAAGCAAGAGACCAAAUCAUCGGAGGUCAGCAAUUUCGAGAAUGAAAAAUCUCAAUUAAUAGAGAGCCAAAAAAAAAAUAAAAAAGAAAAAGAAAAAAAUAAAGAACAAACAGCAGCUCAAAUUACUGAAGAAAUAAUAAAAGAUGUUGUUCACAAACAAAUAACAUCUACUAUUGAGAAGCAGGUUCAGGCAAAUAAAGGGAGAGAUGCACGAAUUGCUGAACUUUCCGAUGUCCUUUACCGCGCAUAUAUCCAUGAAAAAUUAUAUCUGAUAUUUUUGGGCUCGAAAGCUGAAAAUCAUUACGAUAAAUUGCUUGUACGAAAAUCUAUGAAUAAAUGGGCCCUCAAGUUCAAAACUCGAUUACAGAAAAAAGAACUCGAACAGAAAAAGAAAGAAGAGAUUCAAAAGGUGGGAAAACAGCUGGGAGUUCCAGUUUACAAAAAAUCUAAACAAUUGGGAGGUACGCCUCGUAGCGAGGACACAUCUUUUUCGUUCUCUUCUUCACACAAGAAAGGAAUUACGUUCUCGCCAGUCAAUAACGAAGUGAACAAGUUUGAUGUACAUGCAGACAAACGCUCUAACGUUUGGGAACCAUUGCCGCUGAGAGAAAUCUAUUUCAAUAAAAUAAGCAACAAUUUCUUUACUCCAGAGGAACCCAUUACUGCCGAUUUAUUCAUAUAUGGCAAGAAUUGGAAUUCCAUUUGCGGAAACUGGAUGGUUAAUAAAUUUGGACUUUCGAGCAGAGAGACAUCUUACCAACUUUCAAAUGAAAAAUUAGCAAUGAAUGUAUGUUGCAUAGACAGUUAUUACGACCCUUCUGAAUUUACCAAUUUGCAACUGUUAGUUUUCAACACGGGAGUUACAGAUUCCAAUAUCUUUGAUUUAGAAUUGAAAUUACAACAAGAUGGAGAAGAAUUGAUAAAGCUCGUUACGGGUAUAUCCUUGAAUACUAACAUCUGCUUCAACUUACUUGUAGUCUAUUGGGAAUCCGCUGAGACUCCACUAGAUGAACCGAUUGUUUCCAAGUGUUUAAAGUUGAAUCGUAUCGCUAAAAGCUUUAGCAGUGUAUUAGAACACAUCGGAACGAUCAACAUCAAUUCGCAUAAUCCACAUGAAGUCCUAGAAAAUGGACUAGUUGGUAUAGCUGCCCAGUACAGAUUGAAACUUACUGAUAGAGGUCGUUAUAACAAGAAUCUCAAAGAAAAACGUACUACACACGGGGAUUCACAACUGUUAACGACUAGGACCAUAGAUGAAAGAAUGAAACGUAUACAUGAAUCUGAAGAGCAAAAACUACAGAAAUUACAAGAUGAGAGAAACACCUACGCCCAUUUACAAUCUCACAUUGCUGCAUCACCAAAAUUGAAAAAACGUAAAUUACCGGUACUUCUAUCCAAGAAUCGUGAUAACCGUUAUGAGACCCCACAGGCAAGAAGAACUGCCUCGUCCUCAUCAUCGGCCAUGUUCUCCCACCUAGCGAUAAAAUUAGGAAAUGGUACUCGCUUUAGUUCCUUCAAUUUACCACCAGCGACACCUUCUCAUAGCACGAAUUUACCUAUAACACUAAUGGACUCUAAUGAAACACCACCACCGCCACAACAAGAGCAACAGCAACAAAAACAACGUGAACAGCACGAACGAGCCAUACAGGAACCAGCACUUUUCCAGACCCCGAUGAACUCUACUACUGCAUCAAAUGGCCGCGACACCAGCCUGAUAUCUCAAGUUUCCUCAACACCUGCAGAAGAUUCUCCUGCUAACUUCUCACAGGAAAUUCCCUCGAGCUUGAAAGAACUGAAAAGUCUCAUAGCGUCAGUUAAGACUAAAGUUAAUGGCAACCGAACUUCUUAG